AUGGUGCUGCCCCCGCGCAAAAUGGACAUCCGCUUCCUCGUACUGACGGGCGGUUUCUCGCUAUCGACGGACCAACUGCUCAAGAAAUACACGGGGCAGGGUAUCUACGAGCGGUUCACAACGCGCGCGGGCUCUGUCUUCGACACGGGCCUACCGGAGAAGGCGCGUGAGACGCAGAGGCGGUUGCGUGAGGAGAAGGCGCGGGUCGAGGCGCAGCUAUCCGACGAGGAGAGGAAGAGGCUGGAGGAGAGCCGGAGACCAUCUGGUUUGAGGGGCCUAUUCGCGGCGGAUGAAGGGGACGGGUGGAAGGAGAAGAGACUGGAGGCGCACAGGAAGGGAUUGGAAGAGGGCAAGGGCAUCUCCGACCUCAUCAUGGAGCACAUGACUGAGGCCUUUGGCAAAGAGAAGAAGGAUGGCGAGGAUGAUGGCAAGCAGGAGAAGAAGUAA